CUCGUUCAGUUAUGUCAGUUUGUUCUGUAACAAAUUUUCAGUGUGUUUGUCCUUAUUUUGUUGAGUUUAGUCGAAACCGGUUGUUUGAAAAACGGAAGUUUAAAAAAGAUUAGCAAGAUGCCUCGGGGGCCUGAGCUGACCAUGUUAGAUAUGUCGGUGCUCCGUCCGUCGACGGUACCAAACUCCGGUCAUCUAAAAGUAAAUAAACCAGAGAGCAAAGCCCGAGCUGCUUCAGAGGCACUCGACUUCAGCAAGCUUCGUGGUAAAGCCAAAACCACUGCCAUCGAACAUCUCGAAGAGGUGAUCGAAUCGCUCCCAAAGAUCGCAGAGGAGCAAGCUCGGGCUCUGAAAGUCCUUCAGGAUCGAACAGCAGCGCUGCAACGCAUUCUAUAUAUUCUUCGGGAUGACGCAGACAAACUGCCAAUGGACGCUCUUGGCGACUUCGGGGUUCUCGCUACGAAUCCUGAACCAUUUGCUGCAGCUUUGGAAGAAUCAAUGAAAAGUUAUGAAAAUCGAAGCCCUGAUAGGAAAAAUAACGCUAUUCCAGGAAACUUACGCAAAAUUCUAAAGACAAGCGCGUCACUCAAUCGCACAACAGCAAGGACGAAGGCAUCAAACACUUCUACAAGAUCAGCGAAGGUGAACGCUUCGACCUUACGACAGAAUCGCGCACCUUCAAGAUCUAGAAUUGCUGCUACCCCGUUGAACAAGCAAAGUGCCUUUCCGGCAGGAUCUAAGAAAAAGGUGAAAUGAUAUGCAGUUUUGCAAAUGUCUAUGUUUUGGCGCACCGGCAGACAUCAGCUGAUAUCGACGAGAACCUUGACAAGACAGCCUGUUUUAGAGAACUAUGAAAAAAAACCUAAAAUUGAAGCCUGUGAAGAUGCUCUCGGUUAAACGACUGGGGACCGAAACUCGCUAAGGCUAUAUCUCCCUUGUAAUCAUAUAUAGUAGUUUUUUCGUGUCUCCUUAACCACCUUAUAGUGAUUUAUGAGGUGAAGUGAAAGGAUGAGACCUCAAAAUGUUCGUCACGAAGAGGCCUACAGUAUCACAAUAUCAUACGACCCAGUAGGCAUAUGUAUAUAUCAAACAUUAGUGGUAUUGUUUUGGAAUGUUCGGUUAGUUUAUUUGUAUUUAUAUUUGACGAAAUUAUCUUGACCUAUUUUCGCUGAAAGCACUGAAUAUUUGGGCCGUGGCAGAUGUUGUUCAUAUCUAAAGUAAGGUGUCGAGUAUCUGUGUUAUGUGCACAUAUUCAAUAUGAAUAACAGUACUGAAACGUCUGAAUUAUAGAAACAAUUUUCACAGAUUUGAGGUGCUCCAGAAAUCGGUCAUCAGCUCUAUUUCAUGGACGAGAAUAACAUUCCCUAUACUGUAGAAGUGACAACAAAAUCAGGCAGUUCGGAUACUAUGUUGUAAAAGUGACGAUUGAAAAGUAUAAGGAAUCGAUUUAUAAAUGCGAUAAGCCAUACAUAUGAGGUAAUCAUCUGUACAGUUUUAUGAAACAAUAAAUACAUUUGCUUAGCCUGUAGUUGCUUGAAUA